GGCGGCCUCAUCACGAGGGCUACUGGCUACGUGCUCACAGCGUCUCCUGCUCGGGCGAUGCUGCUGCUCAGACGACCGCGGCGCACCGCCGUCGCCCGGGCGCGCGCCGCCUCGAGCGGCGCGGCGCAGUGGCGGCCGCCGCGCCGGCUGCCGCCCAAGCAGGGCCUGUACGACCCGGCGCUCGAGCGAGACUCUUGCGGGGUGGGGAUGGUGGCGCACCUAAAGGGGCAGGCGAGCCACGAGAUCGUGCGCGACGCAAACACGAUGCUGGUGCGGAUGGCGCACCGCGGCGGUUGCGGCUGCGAGCCCUCCUCGGGCGACGGCGCUGGCAUGCUCACCGGCAUGCCGCACGCGUUUCUGACCGAGGCGGUCGGCGCAGACCUCGGUGUGGCGCUGCCAGCGGCGGGCGCGUUCGGCGCGGGCAACGUCUUCUUCCCGCGCGACCCCGCGGUCGUGGCCGAGUGCAAGGCGGUGGUCGAGCGCCACGUCUCGCGCCUUGGCCUGAGCCUGAUCGGCUGGCGGCCGGUCCCGGUGGACAACUCCGCGCUCGGCCCGACGUCGCUCGAGUCGGAGCCGCACACAGAGAUGCUGCUUGUGGGCGGGCCGUCCGGCGGCGCGCCGCUGCCCGAGGGAGCGCUCGACCGCGAGCUCUACCGCCUUCGCCUCGCCGCUUCGAACGAGAUCCACGCGACGGGAGGCGACGCGGCGGCCGACUUUUACGUCUGCUCGCUCAACACGUCGACUCUUGUCUACAAGGGCCAGCUCACGCCGGAGCAGGCGCGCGCGGCCCCUCCCCUACCGCCACGGUAUCCGAACCCAUCCCCGCCCCCCACGGUGUGGGGCUACUUCGUCGACCUCCAGUCCGCGCAGUACACCUCGCACCUCGCCCUCGUCCACUCGCGCUUCUCCACGAACACCUUCCCCUCGUGGGCGCGCGCGCAACCCUUCCGCGCCCUCUGCCACAACGGCGAGAUCAACACGCUGCGCGGCAACAAGAACAUGAUGCGCUCGCGCGAGGCGCCGCUGCAGUCCGCCCCUCUCCGGCGAUGCCCUCGUGCGCUGCUGCAGUCCGCCUACUUCGGCGAGGCCAUGUCGGAGCUCGGCCCAAUCUGCUCCGACGAUCUGUCCGACUCGGGCAACUUCGACGCCGUCGCCGAGCUGCUCCUCCGCGCAGGCGAGAUCAUCUCCCCCCAUACCUCCCCAUAUCUCCCCGAGCUGCUCCUCCGCGCGGGCGAGAUCCAGCCGAGAUCUCGCUCGGGAUUGCCGACCCCUCCGCGCGGGCUGCCGUCCUCCGCGCGAGUGUGCUGCCGCCCACUGCCUGCUCAUGAGUGCUCUGCAGGCGACCGUCCGCUGCACGAGGCGGUGAUGAUGAUGGUUCCCGAGGCGUGGCAGGGCAAGCCCGGCAGCCCGGCGCGCAAGGCCUUCUACGCGUACAACGCAAACCUGAUGGAGCCGUGGGACGGGCCCGCGAUGAUGUCCUUCACCGACGGGAGAUACGUCGGCGCGUGCCUCGACCGGAAUGGGCUGCGCCCCUCGCGGUACUACGUGACUACGGACGAUCGCGUGCUGCUCUCGUCUGAGGUGGGCGUGCUCGACCACCUGGACGAGGCGGUCGUCAAGACAAAGGCGAGGCUCGAGCCGGGCCGCAUGUUCCUGAUUGACUUUGCGCAGCAGCGCAUCGUCCCCGACGAAGAGCUCAAGGAGACGAUGGCGGCGGCGAGGCCGUACGAGGCGUGGAUGGCGUCGCAGCCGCUCCUGCUGGACGAGUGGGUCGCGGAGGCGGCCGUACCGCCGGCGCCGCACCCGGCGCGCGGAACGCUAAACUCGACGCUCUCGAUGCACGGCUUCACCAAGGAGUCGUCCGACCUGCUCGUCGCCGCAAUGGCGCGCGGCAAGGAGGCGCUGGGCUCUAUGGGCGUGGACACGCCGCUCGCCGCCCUCUCGUCGCAGCCGCGCAUGCCGUCGCACUACUUCAAGCAGCUCUUCGCGCAGGUGACCAACCCGCCCAUCGACCCGAUCCGCGAGGAGAUAGUCAUGUCGCUCCAGACGCCGGUUGGGCCGGAGGCGAACCUGCUCGAGGCGACCGAGGCGCACGCGCGGCGGCUCGUGCUGCCUCAUCCGGGAGGGGUGCAGCUGCAUGGUGACAACUACCAGUGA